AUGGGACUUUCUAGGGGGUUGUCGGAAGAUGUAUGUGGUGCCAAGGAGCUGGCAAUCCUAUUGGAGCCCAGUGACGUCAUCGCUGUGCGGGAUCGGCCGCUGAUGCUGGACUGCCGGGUAGAGGGCGAGGGUUCCAUCUCGAUCACGUGGCGCAAGAACGGGGUGCCCGUAGUUGUGGGGGAGCGUGUACAGGUGCUGCCCAAUGGGACCCUCUUCAUCCAGAGCUUCCAGAAACGACUAGACAGAGUCGGAAGUGAGACAGAUGUUGGAGAGUACGACUGCGCCGCUCAGAACCGCUUUGGCAUGCUGGUCAGCCGCAAGGCCCGGGUUCAGCUGGCAUCCCUCCCUAAGUUCCACACACACCCAGAGUCCAUGUCAGUGGACGAUGGCGGUGUGGCUCGCUUCAAGUGCCAAGUCAAUAGUGUGCCAGAGGCCAACAUCACUUGGGAAAGGGACAGAACCCCACUCACUACUACCGACAACAGGUACACUCUCCUGCCAAUGGGUAUCCUCCAGGUGACUGGUGUGAGGCGGAUUGAUGCCGGGGUGUACCGUUGUAUGGCCUCCAACAUCGCCAACACACGCUUCAGCCAUGAGGCUGUCCUCAAUGUAACCGGUGAGGCUUCCAGGAUCUACAAGGAGCCAGUUAUCCUCUCUGGGCCCCAGAACCUGACCAUCACCGUCCACCAGACAGCCAUUUUGGAGUGCAUUGCCACAGGGAACCCCCGGCCCAUUGUGUCCUGGAGCAGGCUGGAUGGGCGCUCCAUCGGGGUGGAGGGCAUCCAGGUGUUGGGCACUGGAAACCUGAUGAUCUCGGACGUGUCGCUGCAGCACUCGGGGGUGUACGUGUGCGCCGCCAACCGCCCCGGGACCAGGAUGAGGCGUACUGCACUGGGAAGACUGGUGGUGCAAGCUCCCCCUGAGUUCAUGCAGUGGCCGCAGUCUGUCUCAAAACCAGCGGGAGGCAGUGCUGUGUUCACCUGUGUGGCCCAGGGCGUCCCCGAGCCUCACCUCAUCUGGCUGAAGAAUGGCAAGAUCCUGAUGCCCGGUGACAAUGUCAAGCUCACCAACAACAACAGCACCCUGGCCGUGACGCGCAUCACCUCGGAGGACGAGGCCAUCUACCAGUGCAUCGCUGAGAACAUGGCUGGCACCAACCAGGCUAGCGCCCGUCUGGCCGUAUCCCUGGCCAAGGAUCUGCCCGACUCCCCCCAGGGCCUCACGGCCACCGCCCUCUCCCCCAGCGCCCUGCAGCUCGCUUGGAUCCAGCCGCCCGUAGAGAUCACCGACGGCAUCAUCGGCUAUGUGCUCCACAUCCGCAAGAUCAGCGAGCCAGACAGUAGAGAGCUGCAGGAGGCAGUCAGUAAAACCACCUUCCAGCAUGACUUCACCAACCUGGAGCCAGCCACCACCUACUCUAUCUACCUCAAGGCCUACUCCCCACUGGGUGCCAGCCAGCAGUCCAGCACUGUGGUGGCCACAACACUAGGGGGCGUGCCCUCUCCCCCUACCUUCUUCACCAAGGUGGUGAACUCCACUGCAGUCCAGGUGCUAUGGGAGCUCCCCAGCAAGCCUGGCAAGGCAGAGGGCUUCAGGCUUACCUACCGCAGGGUCCCCCAUGCCGACUUCCAGGGGCCAGUUCAGUUCCCUUGCCACGUCAAUGCCCACACCAUCUCCCGCCUUGAAACCGGCGCGGUGUAUGAAGUCAAACUAGUGGCCUAUAACGGGAACGGCGAGAGCGACUGCUCCAAGAGGCUGGUGUCACUGGAAGAAGAAGGCAGCAGUGCCAAAACCAGUGGUGGGGAGAACCAGUGUACCUGUAGACAGGAGAGCGAGGGCUCGAUGGGUGGUAUAGUGGUGGGCAUUCAUAUCGGCAUGGCCUGCAUCAUCUUCUGUGUGCUCUUCCUCAUGUUUGGGUACCGUCACAGUUUGUUCUGCAGUAAAGGGACUCAGUACAGCUGGUCUGUUCCAAGAGGGGAGGAUCGGGGACAGCUGGGACAAAACGGGAUCCCCAAAGAGGGGGUCACUCGUCCUGUGGAAGUCACCCUGGAGUUAGUGCCUCAGAGUCGUGACUCCACCUGUCAUGGCGGGGCUCUAGUGCGUCCGGCCCAAUGCCAGGUCCUCAUCGAGCAGAACUCGUCUGGUCUGCCUGGCAUGGGCACAGGCUAGCAUUGGCCAAUAACCCCCCAAACCCUUACCUACCCUCCAUCCCAACAGUUUGCCUCUCGAUGGAUACUCCACCUCGCCUGCCCAAUCAAAUCCCCAUCCACACGCCACCCUAGUGUCCUGUGAUGCCAGGGGUCUGCCAUAGUUCUAUCCAUCCACCAACAAACCUGCUGCUGCUAACAAACAAAAAAAGGCUCCAUGUUUCCACUGUACUCUCUCGCCAUCCCUCCUCUUAAACCAAAGUCUGUUCUGUGCACGUGCACAUGUGAAUUCAGAACGCUAGCCUUGAGAAAUGCCUCCUCCUACAGAUGCCGUCCUAUUAUGUUGGGCUUUCUUAUCUUGCCAAGGAGAGCAGAUAUAACCAAAAUGUUCUGUUUCAAUGAUGUCCCCUUGGUAACAGUACAUGCAUUCACACUGUGCUAAUAAGGCCCCAGCUGAUGCCAAAUAUAAUGACUUACUGGGGCCUUUUAGGAUCUCUAUAUACGUUCCGGUCCACUUAGGAAAUCUUUGCACUAAGUGUACUAAACUCCACUGAGAAUUCCUGCUAACUUCUUGUCAGGGAACAUUACAUUAUCUUUAAUUAGCCUUAGCUCUGCAAUACUUAACAGACACAAGUGACGACGCGGCCUUGCUAAUAGCCUUAUUGAGUUGAUUGUCUUUAUCACCAUACUAGCCUCAAUGUCCGGAGGAACCAUUUAAGGCAACCACAACCCUCCCCCACAUUUACCCAAACCACUCUAACCAAAAUCUACCUCCAAAGAUAGCUACCUCAGUCUGAUGUGAUUGUCCGAGUCACAGUUGAGGCUAAUAUUAGCCUGAUGGAUGCUGCUUACCUCAGAACCCCAAAAUAAAUCCUAUACCCUUGAUCCCCCCUUCCCCCUCACUUUUUGUGCCAAUGCCAGAGUCCCGUGCCAGCCACCGCCCAGCAUCAGGGUGCCCACCUGAAUGACUGCCAUGGAGAGCCAAACUGUGGCAGUGUCUGAGCGUUACCAUCCCCACACCCUGUCCACUUGCCUUAGCCAAACCCACUCCAUCCUUUGUCACGAGCACAAGCCUUUGUCCUUGCCAGGGACCUGCUGAGACAGAACUCUG